AAUACAUACGAAAGUUAAAAUCAUGGCUGGACAGUGACGAUACAUGUACCGAGCGAUGACAAUAUGUAUAUGUCAUAUGUAGUUCUGCCCAUGACUGUAAGUUCAUGACGUCUCAAAUAGAUAUAUAUUCAUGAUAUUAAACUUUGUUUUUGAUAUUGACAGGGUCACAUCAAAUCGUGAUCACGAUUUGAUGUGACAUGCUCAUUUGCACAAAAAUUUCUAAUGAGCAUAGCAUACAUACAUGGCAUUUCGUGUGAUAAUUCAAUAUUGAGAGACUUUACACAAUUUGUGUCAGUUUCUUCUGAAUUACUUUUACACCUUCAGCCUCAUCUAUUCAUCUGUAAAAUUUACAGUGUAAAUGCGAAAACUACGAAAAAAAUCUGGCGCAAUGUUUUCUUUCUCAAUAGUAAUUUUAUUCUUCGGUGUCCUCACGACUAAAAAUAUUCACGCUGACACAUCACCGCAGACAUUCGCCGUCUUUCACUUCUCAGAAGGGUCACAACUAGGCGUGUCUCAAAUUGACAACUUCUUGCACAUUAAACUACACCAAGAAAAUUUCACGCACUGGAUGGAAACAUCGUCUCCUCGCUUUUCCCCAGAUGAACUGGACUCGAUAAAUAUCCAAAAUCUGGCUAAAAUCGACAUUUCUAAUAAAUUAUUUUCCCUCCAAAUGGAACUUGAAAAUACAAAUCUGACAAAUGUCGCAGCUAACGUUAUGCACGAUUGUGUGUAUUCGAAUUUGGAAGAUGGACACAUUUCCGUUCUAUUCGUCGCUCGAAAUGUCAAACUUUAAGGAUUGUACCGUGCAAAUGGGUCCAUCAUGAAUGCCACGACUACGUUUCGCUCCGACGGAAAUUGGACAAUAAAUGUUUACAUGGCGUGUACAUUGCGAGCAAAUUUAACUUACUUGAAUGCAUCGCAUGUCGGAUUGGCUGAUGACUAUGCAUUUUCCUGUGAUGAGACUUAUUCUCCUGGAAUAAUUACUCCAUGCGACAUACUCGGAGGACUUUAUACUCGCGUUCUUAAGUCAAGAUUUGCCGGUCUCUUGGCGAAAGUGAACAUAUCCGGGGGAAAUAGCAGGAUGAACUGGGCUGGAAGAGGGAUAGAACAAUACCUGGAGAACAAAUUAGGCAGCUAUUUUCACAAACGUGGAAGAUUCGGAUAUUUUGUUUCACCCAAGUUUGGACAAUUGUUGCACAAAUAUUUGUCUCAGAUCGUUCAGAAAAACUCUGUGCUCGACAUGAUGGAUUUUGACCUCAAUAAAUAUUAUGAAAUGCAGUUUAAGCAGCUAUUUUUGGUCGGUGAAUGAUGAUUAUGCACUGUUGAAAGUCAAUGUUUCUGAACGCUUUGUAACCAUACAUGUAUGUCUUAAGUAUGUUGUAUGUCUUUUCACUCUUUAUGACUUUCCUCCUUCAAAAACUGUCAAAAUCUGGAAUGUCUAGUUUUAAUAAAUUGGAAACGACGUGUUCUCGAAAAUUGUAGAGCAAGAAUACUUAAUUAAAUUUCUAAUGCCAUUAAAAAUGUGCUGAUUUUUAGGCUGUGAUGUGACAUCACAGUCACAGAAUCCUACGUUAAAAUAUGUUAAAUGACGCCCAUUCUGAGAUAUUUAAAAAGGGCAAUAGCCUUGA